CCGACACGAGCGGAUGGUGUAUGUUGUUGCUCGUGCCACCAUCACGUUCGCCUCGUGAUUUUCCUUCCUGUUACGCUUGGCCGUCGCUCAUCGUUCAAGUUGUGUGACGAGUCGCGCUUAGGUGCUUAUCAGUUUACGACGGUACUACGCUGUUUUUCAUCUCUUCUUUCUAUUAUUCUCUCUCAAUCUAUUCUCUUUUUUCUAUCAAUUUCCUCUCUCACGUCCUCGCUCCGCCGGUUUCACCGCGAAUCAACGCUUAAAAAGAACAAAAAAAGACAGAAAGAAAUCAAACUGCGUGAGAGAUCUUUAAAAUUUACAUGUUAUUUUCUCAAAAAUUUAUGGACAUUCAACAUGCGUUGUGCGUACGAAUGAGACUACUACACGAUUACCUUGGUGCCGCACAAGCGCGAUAUAUAUACUGAAAAAUUGAAUAGCGGGCAUAUACGUGGACAUAAAUUUACAUUCAGUGUGUGCACAGUAGCGAGCAAAGCUAGCCUACGAAAUGAAUCGCCGCGUGUGCAAUCCCGGAAUUGAUGGAACAGCCGGAGCUAACCACUGACGGUUACUAUAGUAGCGCGCGUGGCGAUCAGCUGAUCGUUCGGGGCCGAGAGCGCCCGCGCAACCAUCCGUCGGUCGGCGGCAGUCGGCCACCAGCGGCUGCGUCCGCACGUCGUCGUUCUCGUUCGCGUGUCAUCGUUGCACGUCGUCGCACAUCGUCACCCGUCUCCUACUCGUGUCUCAGUUCGUGCCGUUCGUGUAUCCGCCGAAGCAGUACGGGCGCGCAGACGACAAUCAGAGGACGUUUCGCGAUGUGCGUGUACCGUCGGCUCGAACGCGCGCGUGUCCCGUCAUGCCGUCGUGCCGGCAACUCGCGAUAAACAACUUUCUGCACGCGAACGAUCGUCGGCGAGUCGAGUCGCCGGCGACGAGAUGAUCCGUCGGCGAUCAGUGGUGUUGUCGAACGCGUCGGCGUGAACGUCGUUGUAGGAGGUUGCGCGACAGCAUUGAGUGUGGAACGGUUUGCGGCAUAUUCACGCAUCACGUCUCCCGGAAGAGAACAUUGCCGCUGACGGGAACAGUGUCGACGACAUCGUUGGAGCAUCGUUUGCGACCGAUCGGGUAUCUCGCUCAUGAACGGAUUAUGCCAUAUUCGCGGAUUUCGCCGGAUUUCGCGAUAUUCGAAGUGACUUUACAAUCACGCGUGAUUCGCUGACUCGCCGAUCAGCAACAAGAGCUGUGAAUGUCAAUAAGUGCGUCGUGUAGGAGCAAUGUGACCCGAGGCGCAAAGCAAUGCUGAGCGUGUGAGUAUUUUGUUUCGCAGUGACGAAUAUCUCGUUGUUGUGUUUAAAACAAUACGAAAGGAGCGCGUACGGUGCUUGUCAAGCGCCAUCUUUCAGUUGUAAAUCAGCGGGUAACCGCCGUUUGAAAAUUUUCAAACGGCAAGGUGUUAAGUUGCGCUCGUUGUGAGAUUUUCGGCGGACAGUUUUGCCAAUCGCUCGGCAGUUUGGAACACUGUUCGAACCGCGCUCGGGCCGAGAAAUUCGCAGAAGCGCGAACUAACGUAUCGUCGUUCGAUCGCGAGUGGAAUCACAUACUAUAUUUGACAAUCGUGUUCAUUGUGCCUCGUGCGACUUUCGGGAAAGAUUCUCGGACUCGCAGUGAUCGUGUGGUUUUUGUUCGUAGUGCGCUGGACGAUUGCGGAAAAGUGAGAAGCCUGUGAUAGACGCCGCUCGGAUUAAACGAUGAGGUUAUAUAGCAGUUUCCGAAAGAGUCUCGAUACGAAACUUUGGUGACCGGAGCCGAAUGAGCCAGUAUUCAUGCCAGUAUGCCAAUCGAAUGCCGGUAGACGACUAUAGUAUCCGCCGUCACCGCUAGCCAAUUAAUAAGUUACUUAGUUAGAGCAAUUAUUAGUCAAUAAUAUCAUCGGUUAAGAAAAAUUCGCGCCGGUUAAUCGCGAUUAUAUAGUGACUAGAAACGUGAACGCGUAAAUCCGUAUUUUUCCGCACGCCUGCGUAAGCAAUAAAGGAUCGUGUCUUGUUCGUUUAUCGCACUUUUCUCAACGACAAUAAUUUACGCCAUUCUCUCGUUCGCGUCGCCGAAUUCGAGGGACGAAUAAGAAAGGGGGCAAACCCGGUGAGAGCAUAAUUGUGGUGAAAAGUGAUCGACUGUUUUCCCCGUGGCAAUCGUGUGCGACGAAGAAGGACUGUCUGCGACACAGAGGUGGAAACGGACAUCAUCCCGGCGAUCAUCACGGUGGCUGGAAACGCUGACUUACAUUGGGAACGCCAACCUGCAAUCAAGGUUCAUGGUUUUCAUGGAGGAGAGCGAGCUCUCGAGCAAGCGGUGGGCCAGUGCGCCCCGCCGUCCGGACAGCCCCUGCGUCCUGGGGGCACCGACGUCUAGGGAGGCGGCGGGACCGCCGGUGCAGCUGGAACCAGUGGACCUGUCCGUGAAAACUCCUGUGGUGUUGCAGGUGCCGCGGUACAGUCCGGCGGCGAUAAUUACCGCUGCCGCGCGAAGAGUACCAUCGCCCUCGACGACGCCCACGCCGCCGCCGCCGUCGUUGCUCUGCAUAUCUACCGUGUCACCAUCUUUGGGCGAAGCAGCGUGGGACAGAAAUCGCGACCGCGAUCGAAGCCGGGAGAGAAACCGGGAGAGGGUGCGAGAGAGGGGCAACGAGAAUGAGAGGGAACGGCAGCAGGAACGAGAACCUGCGAUGAGGGAGAGGGAGGCGCGGGAUCGGGAAAGGGAGCGCGAUCGCGAUAGAGACAGACAAAGGGACAGGGAGAGGGACCGGGAGAGAGAUGUGUCGGUCUGCGUGAUGGAGCCACCCGAUCCCGUCUUCGUUUCCUCUUCCGCGACCCUUCUCGCGUUGCAGAGGAUAAAGGAGGCUUCUCUCGUGUUCCAUAAACGCCCGGCGUUAGCAGCGGGCAUCGGAUUGGGCGGUAGAGGAAACGCUGGUGUUGGCGGCAGUUUAAGUGUCGACAGCGAAUGCGGCGACGCGUUGAAAAAACGCAAAGUUCAUAGAUGCGAUGUCGCCGGCUGCGACAAAGUUUAUACGAAGAGCUCGCAUCUCAAGGCGCACAAGAGGACCCACACCGGCGAGAAGCCGUAUCAGUGUACAUGGGAAGGCUGCACGUGGAAAUUCGCACGAUCGGACGAGCUGACACGGCACUAUCGCAAGCACACGGGCCAAAAGCCGUUCAAGUGCCAUCUCUGUCAGCGAUCGUUUUCGCGGAGCGACCAUUUGUCGCUCCACAUGAAGAGGCACUGAUGAAGAGGACCGUCUAGAGUCGCGCGCGACGCGAGAGAAAGCGCAUGCCGAUUGACGAGGGGCGGGGGUGAACGGUCUCCUCGUUAAUCGGCUGGUGAUCCCGAGUGAUCCUAGACGAGGGACGACGAUGAUAUUUCUUUACAUUUGGGACCUGAAGAGCCGCGCCCUGAACCGCGUCCCCCACCCGAAUCUUGGGACAGGAUCGGUCGGUCGGGCGGGCGGUAACUAGGAAAAAAGAAAACUAGAAAAGAGAUCGCAACGAUGCAAACAAAUCGUUCAUUAGGUUUAGCGUUUAAUCGCGAGCCAAGCAAUCGCGACGCCGGUCAGUUUCGAUCGGACGAUCGUCUCGGUGCUGUCUCUCGCGAGUCUUUCAAAUCGAUCUUUCCCGGGAAAAGAUAACCGCAGCUGCGAUAAUUGUAUUGGAAUUAUUAGCGUUAAACGCAAGUGGAUAUUCAUUUUCUUUCUCUCUCUCUCUCUCUCUCUCUCUCUCUCUUUUUGUUUUAAACAAUUAUCGGACUCGAACAAAGACGCGUUUGUCACUUCACGAUUUUUGAUGAAGGAAAGAUCCGCUUGCGUGAUCGAGAUUCGCGCUACAGAUUCGGCAUGACGAGACGUGUCAUUAUCAUAUGUAUCUUUCUCUUUUGUUUCUAGCCAAUUUUUACUUGUUCGAAUUUCCGAGUUUGUUUUCUUUUUUUAAUAUAUAUAUAUAUAUUAUAUAUAUCUAUACGUUUAUAAAUAAGGCCAGCUCAACUAGUCUAGAGCAUAUCAUAUAUAUUGCGAAGAAUAGAGCCAGUAAAGGUGAAUUAAUUAAGGUAAGUAAACAAUAAGAAUGUAAAUUAAAGAGUAUAUCGGACUCCGGUGACGGAGCUUGGGACUUAGCAUGCUCAGUUAAAUAAACUACAAUCAUGAUCGUAAACACUUCGUAAAGCAUUAAUAGAGCAAUCUUUUGAUUAUGCACAAAGAAUUUCGCGUUUAGGGACGGACAAUCAUUGACAUUUCAUUAGUGAUGAAGUGGGAUAUCGGCAUCUCAAAAGCCAGUAUUACGAGUGCGUAAAAAGCAAUAUCAACUAAUGGCACUAUAUUAUAUAUGUACGAUGCUUUUUUUGUUAAAAGAGUUUUCUUCAAUCGUAUUCGCAAAUCGUCUAAUUUUGAUUCUGCGUAAAGGUGCCAAAGUAGAAGGUGCAAUCAUAAGGGUCGUUAAUACUUCGUGCUUUACGGGAAGGAAAGCAUAAUCGAAUAAAUUAUUCUUUUCUAUCGCACCUUGAGAUCUUCGAUCCUUAUAUCGUGUUGAUGCAUGUAUAUUAUAUGCGAAUGAUGUUAGCUGCAUUUGACAUUGGCAUCCUGAUAGAAAGCUCAACAGCUCAAUAAAUCCGCAGAAUGCCGAAAUAUAUGCUCAAACAUCCUGCGUUAUUAUUGUCGGAAGGACGAUCGAAUUUACACAUAUAUUUAUGACAUUGUUCUUUACGCGACUAUCUGAUUAUAAAUAACAAUCAUAUCAGGAUGUCUUUGACGAAUCGAAUUAAUGACUUCGGAAUUAUUAAUUUAAAAGUGCAAUUUGUGCUCCAAAUUAUUUAAUUAGUUAUAAAUUGCUGGUCAAUAAAAAUUCUCGUUUAUUUAUUGUAAUAGAAAAAAAAGAGUUUUUUAGUCUAUUUAAGAAAGAGUAGAAAAGUCUAAAAUUAAUUAAUUUUAUUAAUUCAACAUUGUUUUAACGAACGGAAAAUUAAAGUCAUUGAUUCCACAUGUCGAACACGAUCGGAAUCGUAAGGGCCACGAAAUCUCAAUGCGCUCGCUUGAUAUCGUGUAAUACAUCGUGUACAUAAUUUCUAGAAACUUUGCGAGAUGCACUGUGUAGAUGACAUAGUAUUAGCUUGGUUUCUUCGAACCGUGAUGAAGUAAUUUUCGCCGCUGCAUAAAUGCGACUAUAGAUAGUUGAGACAAUUUCUGGAGCCAGUUGAAACGACGGAACAAGAUGCCAGUAUAUGCUAGAGCCAGUUUAUAUCAUUAAAGAGAAAACCUCUGCGUGUAAGAUUAAUGCGAGGGUCGAUAAAUUAACAUUUGUUACAUGUUGUAUUCUAAUAGGGAAUAGUGCCUUCUAAUGCUAAGGAAGGGGACGUUACGUUAGGCCUUAAGUAUACUGUUAGUGCCUUAAGUCACGCGAAUCUUCGUGCUUGUACACCUUUCAUAAUCCGAUCCUUCGAAUCCUCGCCCGGAGGACCAGUUCGGUGCGCUUUACGGUAUCUUCCGCGCUGAAGUUCAAAUCGAGUGUCGCCUCGGCUUAAAAAAUUCUAUUAAACACGCGCGAAACUUCAAGGUAUUAAAAAGAGUGAGAAUCCAGGAAUAAUAUAUCGGGCAUUUAAAGUGCGCUUGUAACGGUACACAAGCAAUUCAUGAGAAAAUUAAGAAAUCUUUAAUGAAAUUUUAAAUAAUCUGUUGAAUAACAUUACGCGAAGUUUGGCUUAUGUGUUAACAUAUUUCACACCACUGCUCAAAAGUUUUUUCGAGCUCUACGAUUUUUCCGUAAUUUCUCUUUUUUUAAUAAAUAUAAUUAUAAUAAUAAUUAUGUUAAAAAUAUCGAUGUAAAUUUACGAAC